CCCUUUUGUUGACCUGAAUCAAGUCUUUGUUUUUUUGUUUCUUUUUCUUUUUUCCUUCUUGGAAUAUUCAAGGGAACCUUCCCAGCUUCUCCUGCAGACUAGUUACUAAUUAGGUUGAGAGAUUUUUUUUUACCUGGUGUGUGUUUAUAUUCUUGUCCAGUCUCACUUUCUUGAGCUAAUGCCCUAGCCAUGUCUUCCACAGAUGACAAGCCACCUCCCUUAUCCAUUCAGGACAUAAACAAUAUCAUAACGAACCUGAGGAACCUCCUCACUAGCGAUUGUGCAGAGGCCGAAAUCGCUGUCGCCACCAACACUGCGGCUAAUAACCUGACUGGAAAUGAGCAAGAUGGCUCUAACCGUACUGGAAAUGAGCAAGAUGGGACCAACAAACAGGAUGGAGAUGCUAACCAGGCCCAGGAGACCAACGACAAGAAGAAGGAACCGCUGUACGAGCUGGGAAAACUAUGCAAAGAACUCGAUUAUAUGAUCAGGUCAUUCCAGGAACUGGAGAACUUAAAAAAUAGUCUAAGAGAACCAUUCGAAACUCUUGAGGCCAAUGUCAACGACAUCGUGAGUGAUCUCGAAAAAGACGAGUUACGAAAACAGGUUCAGCACAAUCUACGUGUGUUCAGAAACAACAUCACCCGAGUCAAAAUCCUGAUCCUCUUGCAACUUCAGGCCGCCAGUAUAAAUUCCGAUGGUAAUCGUGCUUUGCAGACAACCUUUGCCACCGGCGAGGCAGGGGACUUGCCUCACCUAUAUGGUGAACAUAUAUUUGAAAAUAGCUAUUAUUUUAAAGAAUUUGAGGAAAAAUAUGAAGGCCUUGAUGACAGGCAGAAACUGUGCUUGCUGUGUUUCUCAAUUUUCCCUGAAAAUGCGGAGAUAAAGAAGAGGUUUUUGAGAUUUUGGUGGGUCGGAGAAAACUUAAUCGCCCGAAAUGGAAAGGAUGAGAUGGGAGAUUUAAACGACACUCUCACCACAUUCGUGGAGAAGAGGCUAAUCGAGCCUGUUCUGAAGAAAAACAGAUUACAACCCAGAAGCUACAAGGUGACCCCAAUUGUUCGUUCGUGCUUGAUCCAUUUUGCCAAGAAAGAAGGUUUCUUUGAUUAUGACCAGGAUGGAAAACCCAUCAUGGAUUUUUCAUCUUGCAACAAGGCUUGUAUGGUGAAGUCUGAAAGAGCUACUGCUUCCUGGUUCGCUGAUUAUCUUAAAGGCAAUGACAAGGAUGGCAAUGAAAGAGCUACUGCUUCCUGGUUCGCUGAUUAUCUUAAAGGCAAUGACAAGGAUGGCAAUUCAGAAAAGCCUAAAGAGCAGGAGCAACAUCAGGAGCAAGGAAAGCUAUUGCAAGGAAAGCUAUCUGCAGAUCUAGUAAAGCUGCAGAUGUUGUUCAAUUUUCCACAUGAGAACACAUUGAUAAGAGCUAGUCAGCAAAUUGAUAAAUUGCAGACGUUGUUCAACUUGAGUAAGCAAUUUCCAGAUUUACCUACGGAGUGGUUUUCUAAGAUGACGGGCAUUAAAGUUCUUUAUUUGGGUAGAUGGGAAGCCACGGCUGGGCAAGCUCGCCAUAUUGAGGUGGAAGACAUUGAGUUCUUAAAAGGGUUCAAAAACAUGAAGAAUUUAAGGCUUCUUAGCCUUCAAGGUAUUUCCGGUAUCCCAAAGCUUCCCGCCACUCUGUGCAAGCUUGAAAAUUUGAGGAUAUUAGAUCUAAGAGCAUGUCACGAUCUGGAGAAGCUACCAGACAGGAUAGGGUCACUUAAGAAGCUGACUUACUUGGAUUUAUCAGAAUGCUAUCUGCUUGAUUACAUUCCCCAACAGCUGAAUAAACUAUCGGAACUUCAAGUCCUUAAAGGGUUUGUGAUUCUGGAAGCCAAAAACUCAUGCACACUAGACGAUUUGUCGGAGUUACCGAGUCUGAGAAAACUAAGCGUCAAUGUGAACACUACCAAGUUCAAUAUCGAUGAGGCAGGGGACGCUCUCGCUAAAUUUCAAAAACUUGAGAAGUUGAGGAUAGCGUGGGGAUGGGGGGGAAUGCCAGGAAAAGAGGAUUCUACGCUAGACAGUAGUAGCGAACAACAGCAAUCCAAGACCAAGAAGAAGCAGGCAAGUAGUAUUAGUAGUGCAGCAGCAAAAGCCUCGACUGAUAAAGUGAACAAGGGAGAGGAUAAAGGCAACCGGGAAAGGAGUGCAGUCGCAGCAGCAGGUGAAGCAAAUUCAAAGACCGCGAAGCUGGGAGGUGGUUUAAGAGGGACAGCCAACAUAGCUUUGAUGGCUAAGAAAUGGAGGAGGCUGUCAAUGAAAGAGAGAGAACCACAAAAUCUGGAAGGCCUUGAGAGACUGGUGAAACUGGACCUCCAGUGUUUCCCUCGCUCGGAACCACCGACUUGGCUGGUACCAAGAAAAAUGAAGAAACUCACGAAUUUGUCGAUUAGAGGUGGAAGACUGGGUUACCUAAAUCAUGAGGAUGGCCAGAAGUGGAAUGCGGACACCUUACGUUUGAAGUUUUUGGUGAACUUCAAGAUGAACUGGAAAGAAAUGCAGCAACGAUUUCCCAAUUUGAAAUAUUUGGAGAACCUUAGAUGCCCAAGAAUCACAUUCUGCCCAUGCGAUGCCAAUGGAGUAUGGCAAAAGUUCGUCCAAUCCAAAUAAACUUCAACCUUUGAGCUUUGCAUUCUUGUUUCUUUGUUUCUAAUUUACCGGACAAGUUUGUGUUGUAUUUCAGUUUCACCUUCUUUUUUUCCUAGUUUGUUGUAUUUUCCUUUAUGGAAGAAAUGGUAAUUUUCUUUAUCCCA